ACCCAGCCGAACCCAGCGGAGAACACAGGCUACAAGUGCUCAGGCUGGGAAUAACGGACUUUCUCCGGGUGCCACGCGGACGCGAGUGCUGCGGGCUUCAGCUUUACUGAGUGGCCAAAGCAGAAGGAAACUUGCCUUCUCAUUUGAGGGAUUCUGUCACAGGAAUGUGUGAGUCUCUGGAUAAAUUUGGCUUGGUGACGGCAGUGUGCUGUCCCCAGAGAUUCUGCUACAUCCUCCUUGCUCCUUUUCUACCCUGACCCGAGUUUCUCACUGCUAACCCCUGUGACAAGUCAGAAGAUUUGGCUCUUCCGUGAUCUUCUGCCCCCAGGUUCCCUUUCCCGUUUUUGCCACUCUGAUGAGAAACUGAGGCCAAGGUGUCCUCAACCAGUCAUGGCUGUAAAGGGAAUGCGGACCAGAGGAGCAGGCCUCCUUACUGUAUGAAAGUAGAUUCUGCCAGGUCCUUCUUAUCACAUUGUGUUGCUGCUAGCAAAAUUUCUGGAAAUCUCGGGGAAAAAUCUAACUAGCCCCCAUGGAACUCCACUCUCUGCCUAAGAGGAACAGCCCAGUUGGCCCAUGCAAUGCUGUGGAGUGGAGUUCAGGAGAGACUUCCGGUGACCACACAGAAGAGGCGGCCCUCAGAGCUUCUCUUUGCUAUGAGAAAAACUUGACAUCGACACCAAGGGCAGAUGUCAUAGAAGUGUGUGGACUUAGCACUUCUCCAACAUCCCCAACCUCCUUGUUCCAAGACAAUGCUAUUCAAACAGGCUUCUUCCCCUCAGGACCUCCUGACUCAGGGAACAACCAAGUACUGGCUGAUCGUAAGGUCUGUAAUUGUUGCAGCCAGGAACUAGAAACUUCUUUUACCUACGUGGAUGAGAAUGUCAACUUGGAACAGAGAAGUCAGAGGUCACCAUCAGCAAAAGACAAUAAUCACCCUGGAGAUCUUGGAUGGGGAAACCCUAACGAAUGGUCUCAUGAGGCUGCCAUAUCUUUGAUGUCUGAAGAUGAUGACGACACAAGUUCAGAAGCCACAUCUUCAGGGAAGUCUGUAGACUAUGGCUUCAUCAGCGCUAUCUUGUUCUUGGUCACUGGUAUUUUGCUAGUGAUCAUUUCUUAUAUUGUCCCUCGGGAGGUCACAGUGGAUCCCAACACUGUGGCAGCCCGGGAGAUGGAACGCCUAGAAAAAGAGAGUGCAAUGUUAGGUGCACACCUGGACCGUUGUGUGAUCGCUGGGCUCUGCCUCCUCACCCUUGGGGGAGUUGUUCUGUCUUGCUUGCUGAUGAUGUCUAUGUGGAAGGGGGAGCUCUAUCGUAGAAAUAGAUUUGCAUCUUCCAAAGAGUCUGCAAAACUCUAUGGUUCUUUCAACUUCAGGAUGAAAACUAGUACUAAUGAAGAUACUCUGGAACUGUCCUUGGUAGAGGAAGAUGCCUUUGCUGUACAGAGUUAGUUCUAAAAUCCUUGAGAGAACAGCCAUGUAUUUUAUAUGAAAAAAAAAAAAGUCAAGUGUGUCCUUUAUUUGUUUGUCAAGAAAAGUGUUUCUCCCCACAAACUAAAAGCCACUGAGUGUUUUGUUUCCAUGAAUCUUGUGUAAGAAAGCCUAUGUAAGUUGUAAAAAAAAACAUGGCCAGCUAACCCCUACUUGCUGCAAACUGAAAACUAAUUCACCUGCAAUCACCAUGGGUUUCUACUUCAAAAUACUUCUGCUGACCUAAAAUUAAGUUGUCUUAUACAUCAACAUAGACACUAUUACAAGGGACUAGAAGGGCUUCUGCAGAAUUUGAGCACUUGGCAAUCUAUUCCGUGAAACAUAAGCACUAAUUAAAUAGUAAGGCUUACAUUUAAUUCCCAAAGGUGCUUUCCCAUUUUCUUGUUGAAUUUUCUUCCUCUAAUUUGACUAAACUCUAAAAUGUAAACUUUGGCAGUGUGAAUAUUUUGAAAUCUAAGGAUGUUGGUUAUUUUUUAAAGCCUAUAAGAUAUUAUAUUUUAAAUUAUUACUGUAUUUAGAAGUGACAACUAUGUCAUUAAUAUGGACCAUCUACUAAAGAUAAGAAUACAAAUCUUCAGACCCAUGUGAGGUCAACAAACUGUUAUCACAAGGUAUUUUCCUUAAGCCUUCUUUCCCAAUGAACUAGAAGUGUUUGCUGAUACAUUGUUUCCUGCUUGUGGAUUUGUACUCAGCUUGAUGAGUUGUGCCCUUGAAAUCUUUACCACUUCUCAUAUAUGUGUGGAGAAGUGUUAGACUUUUAAAACCUAUCUCCUGGCAGCCACACAUCCAGACAAGUUUGAACCAUGAGUGGGCUUGGCAUUUGCUCAGGUGACAUUUGUGAUGAUGGUUUGGAGAAAAUGUCCAGGAUCCUUGCAGCUAGACUGGAACUGUGCCUAGCAGAAGCCAUGACUUAAAGAGUCCUUAACCAAAUCUUACACUGAAGAGAGGAAAAGGAAACCCACUUAUUUAGUGGGAGUUGUGUUCAUUACAAGUCCUGACUCAUCUUGUGAUCUCUAAACAUCUUUCAGAGAACAUUCUACUUCAGGUCCUUAAAGACCAUGCUCUUGCCUCAUAAAGUGAAAUGUCUAGCUUAUGGGAAAUACUGUGGGAAAAGUGGUCAGGAAAGGGAUGGGAAUUCAGCCUAAGAAAGGCCUUGAAUUCCACUGAUGUCCCUUAAAGUGGCCCCACCCUCCCACUUAGUUUUUUUGUUAGUAUGUUACAAAAACCAGUGAGUUCAUUUUCAAGGAAGACGAAAGCCAGGAAUUCAUGGGAGUGAAAGUAUGAGCUAAUGAGAAAGCUAUUUCAUUGUAGAUUCUUAAGAUCACCUAAGUCUAAUGUAGACUUCUGUGUUGUCAUUGAGGAGGUGGGGUUAACUGUACGCAUAUCUAUUAUAUGAAUGGGCUCUUGUGGAUAUCAGAACCAUUUGUUGAGUUAGCUUUGUUAAGAGUUAAAGGAAAAUUAAGUAAGGGAGGGAGAGGUAGAGAUGACAGCAUGUCACAGAAUUCUUAGGCAAAUAAUAUAUAUAUAUAUAUAUAUAUAUAUAUAUAUAUAUAUAUAUAUCUUCUCUCUGUAGAAUAAAGAACUUGAUAAUGAAGUACUGGUUUACUGGCCAUAAAGGACUAGAAAGAACUUGCAUUUUGUGCUUUCUUUUUCUGCAAUUCUCCUGUCAUCUGUGCUAAAGGCACAUUCCCAGAAGGUUACACUUUACCUUUUAGAGGUAUAUUCAGUUUUGACCGCUGCUAGACUGUUUGAGGAACUACUUUGGAAAUAUUGAAUAAGGUGGGAGAAAUCUACUUCCAUGGGUGGAUAGAUAUAAGCCAGGUUCAAACUGUGACGACAAAAUGUAAAAUCAAAUUUAAACUAAUUUAAAUCUAGGUCUGGUGGAUCAUGCCUGGAUCCCAACACUUAGGAGACUAAAUUGAGAUCAACAAAGCCAUCUUGAUCUACAUAGUGAGUUCCAGAACAGAAUACAGAGUGGGACUCUGUUUCACAACAUCAAAAUAUAAUAAAAUAUUCAUGAUUAUUUAUAUGAGAUCUCUGAAUUCUGUUUUUAUUUAUUUGUAUCAUAAUUAAAUGGUUGCAUAGCAAAUAAGACAGGACUCAUUUGUGGUCCAAUUUUCAGUUCUUCAUGACUUUGAAAGUUAAACAUGAAAGCUGUAUUUUCAAUCCUGUAAAACUGAUGAUAAAGGAAGAAAACAGAGUUCCUCAUAUAGGAAAAGUUAGUGAACUUACCAUGUUGCUAAAUUAUACAGAUAUGCCCAAAAUGAAGACAGUACUUUUUAUUACUAUUAUUAUAUAAUUGUUUUUUGCAGUCCAGUCAUUAUCUGCCCUCUAACAGUUCCUCAUCCUAUUCCUCCCCCAUGCCUGGACUCCAGGAGGAUGUUCCACCCCACACCCCACACCACACCUCACCAGACCUUCCCACUCUCUGGGGCCUCAAGUCUAUCAAGGUUUAGGAGUGUCUUCUCUCACUGAGGCCAGACCAGGCAGUCCUCUGCUGUAUAUGUGUCAGGGGCCUCAUAUCAGCUGGUGUGUGCUGCCUGGUUGGUACUUUAAAAAAAACCCAUUUCAGAAAAGAAUUUAAAUGAAGAGUGAGCAAAUGCCCAUUUCUGCCUUCUCUAAAACGUCUCAAACACAGAGAGCAUGACAUUUAACUUCUGCCGACCUGAGGGAAGAUGCUUAUACCCAAUGGGACCAAUUCAGAAAAUCACCCGGAUGCUUUCUGGAGGCUGUGCUGAUGUAAUUCUAAUAAUUGCCUUAACUGACUCUCCUCCCGGUAUUCUAUUUGUAUUGCCCUCACCCAUUCUGUUAGUGCCUGACUUUGAGAUGAUUGCUUGAAUUUAAAAUGAAGCUAAGGAAUAUGGACAUGAUUCAUAGGUACAGUGUUUGCCUUGUGUAUGGGAGGCCCUGAGUGGAGCCCUCAGCACUGCAAGAAAAUAAAAGUAAAGGUAAUACAGGCAAAGAAAAACUCUGAACCUUCUGCACUUUUUGCGUCAUAUUGAUUUCAGUACAAUGUAGAGUGGUUUGGGUACUAGAAUUACCUUGGCCUGACCAUGUGAGAAACCAGAAACUGGACAGACUCAGGCAGUGCUCUGACCUUGGAUCUUUCUCUGGCUUCCUGGGUCGUCUUCCAUAAGAUGCCUGUUGUUAUCUGUGGAAGUUUCCUUAGGGUGUGGAAGCUUCAGGCAUUACUAAACAAACCGUCCCCUUUGCGAGCAUUGGAAACUACUGCAGUGCUUGUUCGGUUCUCUUUGCAGUGCCACUGCCUGGCCAGUCAUUUGGAAUUCCGGACGUGUCCAUGCAGUGGGAUAUGCUGGCCCUUUAUGAUGUGAAUCUUUCUUGGGUCUCCUGCUAGGUAUCUAAUUUGUGAUUUAGAAGACUAGAAGGCUCCAAGGGAUCACCAAACUCUCUCUGACCUGGGGUGUUUUCAGCCAUGUGACUAAGUUCCUCAAAAACUUAAAAUAUACGAGCCCAUCCUCUCCCUUUUUUUAAAAAAAUGUGGAUUGAGGCCCAGUUUGACCAGGUCUAGCACAUAUAUCUUUUAGGUAGAAAUGAGACUAAACAAACUGCCACACCAGAUGUUCUGGGCCUUCUUUUCCUUUACCCCUAGAGUGAAAUCAAAUAAUUAAAUAUGCACCAUAAUAAUCGAAUAUAAAGAAUGAAGGAUCUGAGUGUGUAUAUAUUCCUGUUUUCUUUUAAAUUUCUUUAGAAUAAGCAUCUUAAAUAAUUACAUCUGAACAUUCUGAAUUUAAUCUGUUAAAUGUAUAUGCAUAUGAUUAAUGGUCAGAGCAAAAGAAGAAAUACCUCUGUAUCUAUUUGAAGCUUUUCAAUCCAAAAUUUGAUUCCACUGCAGCAACUCAGGCUACCACAGAAAUGUGGCCUGACAAAAGGGAUUCACAAUGCUUGUCAAUGCUUCCCUGGUGGCAGCAAGAUAUAAUAUCAUUGGCUGGAUCUGACUGCCCCAAAGAACAAGUCCCAUCCUUCCAGCUAUCUGGAAUGGCUUUAGCUUUUAUGAGACAGGGCAGAAACAAUCACCAUGAUGAGGAGAAUUAAAAUGAAGUCCCAGUAGGCUUCUCUCAGCACGGGAGAACUCAGAAGACAUAAUUAACAGUUUUGACUGUCGGCCUCUUUUUGGCUAUAUCUUUUUAUGGUACACACAGUAUUCUAUAAAAUAUCUCUUUCAGUUUUUAUGGGUGUACAACUUUGGAACUAAUUUGGCUGAGUGAUAGUAAUACUAUCAACUGCAAGAUGUUCCUGCAAAUGCAGAAUUGCUUUUAAAAACACUCAUGACUUUAAUUGCUUUUGUUUUUAAGUAUGCAGGUUGAUGUGUACAAGCCUGCAUAUAUGCUAGGGUGUGUCUCAUAAGUACAUAACUUUAAUAUUCCUAAGCUAUUCUUAGUUUAAAGCCUUAUUGGAAUUUGUCUUGCCUUAAGGUCAAUUCUGUGAACAAGAAGUCUUUCACAGGUAACUAUAAAGAGUUUGGAAUAAACCUCAGAAUGAAAUACUAUAAAUAUACAAACCUUCUUUGCUGUUGUUGUUCAAAGUCUCCCAAUGCUUUCUGAUUUCUUUUCAACCUUGCAAUUAUAAGCUCAUAAGUAUGCAGAAUAUUUAUAAAUGAUCUUACCUUGAGUUACAGUUUUCUUACUGAGAAAUGUGGAUAACAAUGUCCUUGGCUCCAAUGUUGAGUGACUCCUCUGUGGUUCAGAAAUAGCUUGUCUUACUUCUCAUCUCUGUCUGAAUGCUUCCUAUACAGAAUGCAAGCAAGUUUGAGUAUGAAGGCAAAGAUGGAUUCUCCCUCUGCUGUGUAUUUCUCUGAGAUUCUCUUCUGACUUUUCAUUCUACUUUCCUUGCCAAAUCGAAGUAAUUGAUGUUGGUUUGUAUUUUCUGAUAUUAUGAAGGCAAUCAUAAACAUGAUGGGCUUUCCCCUCCUGGCACUUAUACUAUAUAAAAUAUAAAUCUUUAUUGAGAAGUUUUCAGUGUGUUUAACUUUUAUUGACCUCUAAUAUAAUGCAUAUUUGACCUUUUAAAAUUAUCUUCUAAAAUUAUUCAUGUACAAGAAAAAAAUAAAAGGAAUAUUUACUC